AUGUGCAUCGUUCACGAAUCACGAUCACAUGACUCCGUGUCAUCGCGCGACCUCGAUCUAGUCAGUUUGGCAGAACUUGACCUCCUUGGACAUACUCCCAAGGGUUCCGCAAACCGCGAGAUCUUCUUCACCGGACCAUGCGGUGGAGGCUUGCAACGGCAAGAAGAAAAUGUCGUCAUGCACGACUUGAAGCUCAAGUUAUGUCGCGAUCAACUCGCGACUGCUCACGAUGCUUUCAGAGCCCUCAUUAAUUUAUCCGACUACUCCUUGACUAUCGGGACACUCUCUGGCUCCGAUUACAUAAGUUUUCUCGUCUCGUACAUCCUCGUCCGUAUGCAGCUCCAGCACUGGCAUCCACAUCCACUAUGA